UUUUUUUUAUUAGGUACACCAUUAAAAUUAAUAUAUAUUAGGUUAUAUAUAGUUUAGGGGAGUUUGUUGAUUUGACGUAUAUAUAGAAGUACUUAUUAAGGUAGAAUAUCUCCGAGGAAUUUUCAUUAGCUUUUAUCACUAUCGAAAUUUAUUCCUUAGUUAACCAUUUUUCACAACCUUUUUGUCUGAAAAAUAUAUCCAAUCCUAGCUUUCGGGAUUAGUCAAAUUUAUCAUAACUUAAUUUACAUAGCUUAACUUGGCUUAAUUUAGCUUAACUUAACUUAUUCAUUCGUUUAUCCAUUCACUGAACCAUUUUCAUUUCUGAGACUGUCAGCUCGUUUAUUUUCAUAUUAUUUUCAUAUCAUUUGACUUUUUUUUUUGAUUUUUCAUUCAUUGGUUUGUUUAACAAUAGCAUUGUAUGCCUUGUAUUAAUCUAAUAUUUAAUUUGUGUCAUUAUCUGUACCAUGUCAACAUCUAAUUCUACAUCCACUACUUUUAUAGCUCAACCUGAAUCUCAAUCCGUUGCAUCUCAUGCUGUGGUGGUCCCACUGACUUAUCCCAUUCGUGAAUUACAACUGAUCCCAUUUAAUUGUCAAUUGGAAUUUAUAGCAAAUACUAGUUUAAAUUUAGCUAAGAACCAAUUCAAUUCAAAUCAGAAUCAUAGUUAUUCAAGAUAUAACAAUAAUCAUCAACAAAACAACUAUAACCAUAAUCAUAACCACAACCAUAACCACCAUAAUAACCAUAGUAAUGGUAAUAAUGGUAACAAUCAACAACUGAAUAAAUAUGCUUAUGCUGCUGUAGCUGCCACUGCUGCUAUACAACAUCAGCAACAACAAAGUUACUUGAUUCAACAGCAACAACAGCAGUAUUAUGCCUAUAAUCAACAACAACAGCAACAACAGCAACAACAGCAACAGCAGCAACAACAACAACUUCCUCAUUCUCAAAAUCAGCAACAAAGAAACAGCCAGUACCAACAUUAUCAACAAGAUCGUCAAAAUCAGCAACAACUGCAUGUACAAUCUCAACAAGGUUCUUACCAAGGAUAUCAAGAACCUUUAGUGCAACAGAAUUCGAAUUCGUAUCAACUGUAUCAACAGUCAACACGUCAACAUAUUCCUCAAGUCUUUUCAGGGUCUGAAACGAAUAAUAGUGGCAGCAGUGGUACUAACAGAUCGAAUUUUUCCACGACUUCUUCAAUGUUUUCUGAUACUUAUUCAUUAGGAAGUCAACAAAAUGUUAUUCCAUCUCCUACUGGUUCUGUAUCCACAAGUGCUACUCCAUCUGUUCAAGGUCCAGCUGGUAUUGAUCUCAAGAAUAAUUUCUUGAUGUUUAAUGAGAGUUCUACUUCAAUCUCAUCACCUACUGCUCAAUCAAUUUUGCUGCAAACUGCCCAACAUACUCCAUCUAAGGCACCACAACCUCCUCAACUUCAAACUAAGUUGUAUGAUACUAUUGGUGGAUCAAGUAAUAAUUCUCCAAUUUUAUUUCCUCCAACAAGUGGAAGUUCUAGUAAGAAUUCUCCACCUAAUUUAUUUUUAUCAACUCCAACCGGUACUACCAACACUACUCCUAUGAAAUUAAGUCAAUCUAGUGCUAGUUCGACUGCCACUGCAAGUACUAGUAAUGCAUUUCUUAAUUCACCAUCUUUGUUGCCAUCUACUGUUACUGGAGUAAAUUGGGGUAAUUCCAGUUCUACAAACUCUAAUGCUACGGGAUCUAUUUGGGGUAAUCCUGCCAAGGCUCCUGUAGUUGGAACUACAGGUCCAAAUCUUGGCAAGAACAUUAUUGGGUUUGGAAAUUCAAGUGUAUGGUAACGGUUCAUAUUUUUUUAUCAUCUAAUUCAUUGUUACUUUACUUUAUUAUUAUUCUUAUUAUUGUUAUAUUAUAACUCCCACUAUCUAAUUAUUAUCUGUUUGUUUUUUUUUAUACAUCAAAUCGGUUGGGUGCAAAAAGGAAUAUGUUAUCAUCAUUGAAAAUAAAAUGUGUUAUUUUUAUUCCAAUCUUCGAAACUCAUUCAAUUCAUUCAAUUAUAUUUUUACUUUUACUUAUACUUAUAUUUAUAUCUAUAUUUAUUGUGUUGUGUUCACAAUGCUACUGAACUAUUCAUUUUGUUUAUCUUAUUGUUAAUUAUUUCUAUUUUAUUACUUACUUACUGUUGUUCAAAAUAAAAGAGUGCUAGAGAUCCGUCAGGUUUAAUCCUUUAUAUUCAUCAUUACUAUUAAUUAUUGUUGCUGUCUUUGUUUGGUGGAGUUUUAGUUAUAGGGACUUACGUAUAUACUGUUAAUACAUAAUUGCUUACCUUUAAUAAAUUUU